AUGCACAAACUGACACACAUAGGCCAUCGUCAUCAACAGCGAGUUAUCAACUUGAAUUUACAAGGGAAGGGCUUGGGAGGAAACAUAUCUCCUUCUAUUGGGAAUCUCACUUUUCUUCAUUUCCUCAACAUUGGAAACAAUAGCUUCCAUGGCAAAAUCCCCCAAGAGAUUGGUAAUCUGAUUCAACUCCAAUACAUGGAAUUUGUAAACAACACUCUCGAAGGAGAACUUCCUAUCAGCUUGUCCAACUGCACUCGUUUAAGAGAAAUCUACUUGUCUCGUAACAAUCUUGUUGGGAAGAUUCAGGCAAGGCUAUUUACGUCUUUGUGGAAGCUGGAGAUAAUUGCAAUGGAUGAUAAUGGCUUAACAGGAGAAAUACCAGCUUCUUUUGGGAACAUUUCCUCCAUCAAAGUUAUCUCUUUGAGUAGAAAUAAAUUGGAGGGGAGCAUUCCAGAAUCCUUCGGUCAGCUAACAAACUUAUACUUUCUAUCAGUUGCUGUGAACAAUCCAUCUGAUAUGUUUCCUGUCUCACUAUACAAUCUCUCAUAUCUGAAAAUGAUUUCUCUUGGAAUAAACCAAUUGUAUGGGAGCCUUCCACGAGACAUAGGUCUCACUCUUCCAAAUCUAAAAUUUCUAGAUAUUGGACCAAACUUUUUCUCAGGGACCAUUCCAAGUUCCAUCUCCAAUAUUUCAACACUCAAAAUUAUUGAUCUCGAUGGAAACAAUUUUAUUGGAGCAGUCCCUAACAACUUAGGUGAUCUUCAAAAUCUUCAAGCAUUUGUUAUUGGUGGAAAUCAAUGUGGAACAGGGGAAGCUGAUGAUUUAGAUUUUGUAAAUUCUUUGGUCAAUUGUACACAACUAGAGAUUUUGGACCGAGACAGUAAUGUUUUUAAGGGUCCCCUUCCCAACUUUAGAGCCAAUCUCUCAACAAAGCUCUUAGUCCUUGUUUUGGAAGAGAAUCAAAUAUCUGGAACAAUUUCUGUUGGGAUUGAGAAUCUCAUCAACUUAACCUUUUUGGACAUGCAGCAGAACUUUUUCGAAGGCAAAGAUUUCAAAGCCCUUGUUUGUGAGUUCAUGCCCAACGGGAGUCUAGAUGAUUGGUUGCAUCUACCGCUAGACGCACAUAAUCAUUCAAGGAAUUUAAGUCUUCUUCAAAGAUUAAACAUCGCAAUUGAUGUGGCUUCUGCUUUGGAGUAUCUUCAUUACAACUGUUAUGCGCCAAUUGUUCAUUGUGACUUGAAGCCAAGCAAUAUUCUACUUGACAGUGAUACGACUGCACAUGUCAGUGAUUUUGGUUUGGCGAGGCUACUUUUAGAACUUGAUGAAAAUUCAUUCCAGACUCAAAAUAGUACCAUUGGGAUAAAAGGAUCGAUUGGCUAUGCUGCUCUAGAAUAUGGAAUGGGUGGAAGGGCAACUGUUCAAGGGGACGUGUUUAGCUAUGGGAUCCUUUUAUUGGAGAUGUUCAUAGGGAAAAGACCAACAAAUCAGAUGUUUACUGAUGACUUAAAUCUCCAUAACUUUGCAGCGGCAGCCUUACCUACAGACGUGAUGCAAAUUUUAGAUCCAAUACUCCUACCCAAUGAAGAAAUAAGUGAAGAAAUUGAAGGGGUUGCUAUCAAUAGGAUUGAUGGUCCUAGUCAUAGGACAGAUCAAUUGCAAGAUUGCAUAACGUCAAUUGUUGAAAUUGCAGUUCAGUGCUCCAUGGCAGCGCUAAGAGAACGUAUGAACAUGAAUGAUGUUGUGAGGGGACUACAUUUAAUCAAAGGGAAAUUUUCUUGA